AUGAGCAUCCUGUGUUUUGGGAGUGUGAAACCAGGCUCAUAUGCGCAGUUUAAGGGCUUGACAAGAGAGACCAAGUCCUGCAUUCUGGGGCUCAAAACCAGGCUCACCUGGCCCAUUUUGGGGCUUCAGACCAGGCUCACUGGGCCAGUUUCGGGUUUGGGAACUGGAGCCCAAGUCCUGUAUGCUGGGGCUCAGGCCACGUCCCCCGUGUCGGUGCUGGAAAAGCAGAGCCCCAGCCCCGCCUCGCUGGGACCGGGCCCGGGCUCACGGGGGCAGCCGGAGGGUCGGAAGGCAGCGACCGAGCCCGGCCUCCCCGGGCUCCGGGGGCUUGAGGCCGGGCUCAGCCUGCUUGCCCGGUGCUGGGGCUCAGGAGACAGACCCGGCCCCGGGUUCGGGGGCUCAGGACCGGCCCCCGUCGCUGCUGCGGGGCCGGGCGGCGGAGCCCCAGCCCCGCGGGUUCCCGGGGAGGGUGCGGGGGCAGACGGCGCUGCCGGAGGAGCCGGGAGGCCCCUUCCCCGGGGGUCGGAGGGUGCGGCGGGACCCGGGCAGACGGUGCCGGGGCAGCCCCAGCCCUCGUCCGGCGUCUGCGCGGAGCCGCCGGUGCCUGUUCCGGGAGACCGGCCCCGGCAGAGCCCCAGCGGGAGCGGGAGAGGCGGGACUUGGGCCCCCGGUCCCCGCUCGGCCCCGGAGCGCGGCUCCUCCUGCCCGCGGCGCCGGGACGGGGAGGGCCAGGCGGGGCUGGGGGCUCCGGAGCGGCCGGUCCCCCGGCUGCUCGGGGCGGGAGAGAGCCCCGGGCCCCGCACCCCGCCCGGCCGGGGCUCCCCCGCCGGCACCGCGCGCCCGCGAGGCCCGGCCCCGGCCUCCCCGUCCCCGGGCUCCGCACCGCCCCGGAGAAGCCGCCGAGCCCGGCCGGGGCUCCGUCCCCGCGUCCCGAGCCACGGGUCCCGCCCGACACCCCCGACCCGGUACCGACGUCCGCCGCUGCCGGCGCCGGUCUGGCGGCGGAAGAGGAGGCGAGGAGGGGCGGGGCCUCGGCGCGCAUGCGCGGGGCGGGGCAGGCACAGGUGCGAGCGGGCGGGGCCUCAGGGCACCUGCGCGGGGCGGGGCGGGCACAGGUGCGACCGGGCGGGGCGGGGCCUGGGUGCGCCUGCGCGGGGCGGGGCGGGCACAGUUUCGCCCGGUUUCCCUCGCCCAGCCCCGUCCCGGCACCCCGAGGCCGCCCAGGGCAGGCGGGAGGCGGCGUCACCCCCGGUUCCCGAGAACCACGGCCGGAGCCGCCCCGGAGAAAACGGGACACCCUACCCCGGCGCGGCUACAACCGGUGCCCGACACAGCGGCACCCUCGCUCCGGCCCCGGCCCGGGGCACGCCCGGAGGCGCCGGUGUCCGCUCGGCCCCGGGCGGGGAGACGCGGCGGCAGCCGCAGGAGCAGCCGCGACGGAAAAGCAGCCCCAGCGCGGCCGCCCGGAGCCGGGCCCCGAGCCCGGCAGAGUCCCUGGGAGCCGAGACCGAGACCGAGACCGGGACCGGGACCGGGACCGGGACCGGGACCGGGACGCCGCUCCCGCCUCCGCCGCCGCCGCCGCCGCGCCAGUCCCGCGACGACGGCGCCCCCUGGCGGGCGCGAGUGGGUUUUGAAGCCUCGGGGACCUGCCGCGCACCUGCCCCGCACGGCGGCGCCCCCUGGCGGGCGCGAAGGGACACCGGUGAGACCACCGGGGCAGGUGGAGGCCGGUGGGAGCCGGGGAGGAAUUUGGGGAGGACAGCGGCACUGCUGGGCCUGACAGCCCCCCCUUCCCUCCCCACCGGUGGGGUGUGA